GAUUUGUAUUGCACUUCUGGAGAGUCGCCGUCACCGCAGAGCGCGAGUGAGACUCAACCGCAGGACAUGUUCUGCUCGAGCACUAUGUCUGCCGACUGUUCCAGUAAUACGAGCGCCGACACCGUUGAUGCCAAAUGUGGUGAUACUUCACCCAAAAGAGUGUGUUUAGUCUGUGGCGAUACGGCCUCUGGAUUUCAUUACGGCGUCGCCUCUUGUGAGGCGUGUAAAGCAUUCUUCAAGCGAACCAUUCAAGGCAACAUAGAGUACACGUGUCCGGCGGCUAAUGAUUGUGAGAUCAAUAAGAGAAGACGGAAGGCAUGUCAGGCGUGUCGGUUCCAGAAGUGUCUUCGGAUGGGAAUGUUGAAGGAAGGCGUGCGUCUCGAUCGGGUCAGAGGUGGCCGUCAGAAGUAUAGACGCAGUUCCGAGAGUCCCUAU